GCGGUAUAAUGAUUCAUUCUGAGACUUUCUCGAGAUCUUACUAUUGUAAAGUGUCUUUUAUAGUUUAGCUGGUAUACUGUAAAUAUAUCCUGUUAUUUUUAAAAAUAUUUCAUAACAUAGAUUUUAACGUGUAGAUCGCUUCUGAAAAUUGGUCUAGAGCUUUAUUUUUUUAUAAUAUAGACUUAUCAGUGUACAUCAAUUUAAGCUUACCGAAAGUUAAAUCAUUAUAAUGAAGAAACUGUUUGUAGAUUCUGUACACUUAUGAUCAAGUUAAGUUCAAUUUGCAAACAUCUUGACUACAAAUAUUCCGUUUUCGUCAAUUCAUCUCUAGUAAUGACUACUGACUUUGCAAAAUGCAGUCCUAACAAUGUCGAUUCAUCGAACGACCUUCCUCCGGAAAUUGAUAACGAAAUUUUAGAAGCAGAUCUUGAGGAAAAACAACGCCUAAUAAGUCAGAUUUUGGAGCUACAACAUACACUUGAGGAUUUAUCCACACGGGUAGAUGCUGUAAAAGAAGAAAAUUUAAAAUUACGUUCUGAAAAUCAAAUCCUUGGCCAAUAUAUCGAAAAUAUGAUGGCAAAUUCAUCAGUUUUUCAAUCAACAUCACCACGUGUUGAUGAAAAUAGGUCACGUACAAAUAAAAGAGUUGGGAGAUGA